AUGGAAAGGGAGAACCUUGGCGGCACCACCGAUUAUCUUGGAGUUUCAAAGUGUAUGCUGGUGUACUACGCCCCUCAAUGUGGUCAAGGAGGGCCAGUUGCGUGGCCCAAUGGGGAGGAGAACCGUAGCAGUACCAUUGAUUAUUGUGGGGCUUCCACGUGUGUAUGCUGGGUGUACUACGCCCCUCGAUGUGGUCGAGGAGGGCCAGUUGCGUGGCCCGAUAGGGAGGAGAACCGUGGUGAUACUACUGAUUAUUGGCCAGUUGCGUGGCCCGAUGGGGAGGAGAACCGUGGCGGUACCACUGAUUAUCGUGGGGCUUCCACGUGUGCAUACUGGGUAUACUACGCCCCUCAAUGCGGUCGAGGAGGGCCAGUUGCGUGGUCCGAUAGGGAGGAGAACCGUGGCGGUAUCACUGAUUAUCGUGGGGCUUCCACAUGUGCACUCUGGUGCACUAUGCCCCUCGAUAUGGUCGAGGAGGAUCAGUUGCAUGGCCCGAUAGGGAGGAGAACCGUGGCGGGUCAGAUAUGUGGCCCGAUAGGGUGUAUUAUGCCCCUCGAGGCUGUCGAGGGUAGUGCUUUCACGUUUACAUUAUGA